AUGUCCGGCCACGACCUCGCCGCCCUCGAACAGACGAUCGAAACCGCCUUUGACGCGCGCGAAGGGGUGAGCACCGAGACACGCGGCGAGGUCCGCGAGGCGGUCGAUGAGGCGCUGAACCUUCUCGAUGCCGGCAAGGUGCGCGUCGCCUCGCGCGAGGCGGACGGCACAUGGACCGUCCAUCAGUGGCUGAAGAAGGCCGUUCUGCUGUCGUUCCGGCUCAACCCGAUGGAGAUCAUCAAGGGCGGACCUGGCGAUGCCACCUGGUGGGACAAGGUGCCAUCCAAAUUCGACGGCUGGUCGGCCUCCGAAUUCGAGCGCGCGGGCUUCCGCGCCGUGCCCAACUGCACCGUGCGCCGGUCGGCCCAUGUCGCCAAAGGCGCGGUGCUGAUGCCGUGUUUCGUCAAUCUGGGCGCCUAUGUCGACGAGGGCACCAUGGUCGACACAUGGGCGACGGUCGGCUCGUGCGCACAGAUCGGCAAGAACGUGCAUCUGUCCGGCGGCGUCGGCAUUGGCGGCGUGCUGGAGCCGAUGCAGGCCGGCCCGACCAUCAUCGAGGACAAUUGCUUCAUCGGCGCCCGCUCGGAAGUGGUCGAGGGCUGCAUCGUGCGCGAAGGCUCGGUGCUCGGCAUGGGCGUCUUCAUCGGCAAGUCCACCAAGAUCGUCAACCGCGCGACCGGCGAGAUUUCCUAUGGCGAAGUGCCGCCCUACUCCGUGGUCGUCGCCGGUUCGAUGCCGGGCAGACCGUUCCCGAACGGCGAGCCGGGCCCGAAUCUUUACUGCGCGGUGAUCGUCAAGACGGUCGACGAGAAGACCCGGUCCAAGACCGGCAUCAACGAGCUUUUGAGAGACUGA